AUGGCGCAACCCCAGCCUCAGAUGCCUCAGAGGGCAUUCUCGCCUCCUCAACCUACAUCAUCUCCUGCUGCGACGCAAGCCGGCUUUGCGCCUCCGCCUAAUAAAAGACCGCGACUUUCCCCUGGCGCAACUCCCCAACCCGAAUCGCCGUAUUCUACUUCACCCUACGCACCGAGCCCAGGCGCACCGGUUACUCCUUCCACCGCCACGACGUCUGCUGCAUCUCCCGUCUUUCCAAACGCUCAGCAGCAGCAAGCCGCGACGCCGACCUACACGGGACCAUACCAACAUACAAACGGCAAUACCACCCCAGCUCUUGCCCUUCCAUCAGCUCCGACUCCUCCACCGCAAGUGUCAACCCCGCAGCCACCAGCGCCUCCCACUCUGCCGCAAUACACCUCAGCCACUCUGGCUCUCGGCAACAAUAAUUCACCUAGCACACCCGUCAUGCAGCAGCCUUCGACUCCCGGCGCGAUGGGUCCGCCUUCGAGACCUCCUGAUCGACCACAAAAAGAGUACGAAUACGACGUCACGGAUUCGCUGGCAGGCACGGGCAUCGAUCUACGAGCUGAAGAGCAGUUCCUGUCCGAACUGUAUGUUCCGGAAUCAAGAACCGGCUUCGCUCCCUACCCCCAAGGCAACAAGGGAAGCUUCUACGGCGCGGGUCCUGCGAACCAGCCUGCUCAGCCAGCCGGCACCGAUACCCAGAACCAGUUGGUAGCACAGGCGGCGGAGAAGGCAUGGCAGGAAUCCGCAAAGCGCCUGGCUCAGACCAGGACCAUGGAGUUGAACAACGCUUUCUUGCAAGUCCCUGUUGUCUACCGAAAAGCGGAGAAGUUUGCCAGAGAUCAAGGCCUGAUACUCAACUUGGAGACCAAGAACAGCAACCAGCCUAUGGGGCGUAUGCGUCUUCCUGAAGAGUUUCCCGCGCCUACUGUGACGGUAACCACUAAGAAAGGACCGGACUCGACCAUGGUGACAACAACAGGAACCUGGAUACCUCAGGAGGCUUUCUUGGUCGAUCAGCUAGCACUGCUGUCGCUGGCUACUAAGCAGCGUCUCAGAACGCUCAUGGAAGAUUCCAACCGAAUUGCGAAAAACCGGCAGACUUCGUCGCAUGGUGAAGUCCCGGAGGAAUGGCAAGUGGCCGCUGCACCACUGAAAAGCGCGCCGGAGACGCAAACAGAGGAUGGAACUCAGCAGAGUGCGACUGAGAAUGGCGCCAGUCCUCGUCCGAGCGCUCAGAAACGCCCUCUUGAAGAUGCUACUUCCAGCCAGGCGAGCAAGGUGCAGAAGAUAUCUGCUACGAAUACCAUGAGUCACACAGUCCGCGAAGUAGGCAAGGCUGAGAGAGACUGGGAGGAAAGACGACUACGGAAGCGCAACGCCCGAAAGGAUGGAACCGCAGAGGUCGCAUCGACGCCAUCACGUGCCGGAUCCGUUGCGCCUGGAACUCCUGGCGGUUCGGCACCUGACUCAGAGAAGGCCAUCUCAAAGAAGGAACAGAAGAAACUUGAUGCUGUGAAGAAGGCAGAGGCUAGCAGCCAUGCAAAUCAAAACAUCACGAGUAGCAUGUUCGUCGGAAUGCCCAAGACAGGAUCGCUUUUCGGAAAAAAGAAAGGCGGCAAGUCAUACUCUUGGAUGACAGGCGGCAGUGGGGCCAGCACGCCGAGACUUGGCACGCCCGGAAAGGCGGGUGCCGCAGCCGCUUCGGGUCCUCCUGCUCCGGCGAACCACGCGCUUACCGUUGAGGGCCGAGCACGACUUGGCAAUUGGCGAGAGGAUAAGGAAAAGGGCAAAGGCAUCCAAGUACGAGACUGGGUGGCAGCCCUAGAGGGUGACGAAAUCGAACUGAGAGCCAUGCAGGCGGCUUACGAUAAGCUGGAUACGUCGGAGCCCAAAUAG